AUGAGCUCCGAUGCCAUCCAUGUACGCUUCUUCAUAAAUUCUAAAACUGGACUUAUCGCAUAUGCCGAGGGUGGAGAGGAGUUUGCUAAACUUCUUUUCAGCUUUCUUGAUGUGCCCAUGGGUUGCAUCCUCAAACUACAUCACCCUGCAAUGCAACUUGGCUCUCUCUCCAAUCUGCGCGGUAGCGUAGAAAAUCUGCCCCCUGACUAUAUGACUACGGAUAGAUCUCGGCUGCUCGACCCCAAAUUUAUAAGCAACUACCCUAAAAUUCUUAGAAUCGAAGGCGGAAAAUAUUAUAUUUGCCCUACUCUUGAACAUUCGAGUAAUAAGAGAAUGCACAAUUUGAGCUACAGCAGCGGACAGAAAUGUAGAUGCGGACAGCCUAUGGACACCCUCGUUCAGCAACGCCAGAAGAGCAAUGGCAACCGGGCCAGCGGAAGCGGGAGCAAUUCUCUGCCAGAAAUUCUUCCGUAUAUAAUAACAGAUGACCUCCAGAUAAUAGAGUAUUCAACUAUCGAAAUUAUAAUGUUGCUUAAGAAUCUCAAUAUCAAACAUGAAUCAGAACUUGUAAAAAUUACUGCAAUUGUGGACGGCACCAAGGCAUUGGAGCUUGUGAAGGCUUCUCCGUAUUCAAAAACUGUAUUAAACGACGUUUUCUCUUUCCGAAUUGAUGGACAACUUGGAUGA